UACAAUAAAUAAAAUUGUGAUGGCCAUGGCUUGGCCAUCGCAAUUUUUACUUACUUUUGAGACUGAAAAUAAACAGGAAAGUGAUGGUUUUCAGUAUGAAGUUACUAAUUAUGACUGUGCUAUUUUACCAUGGGAGCUGUGAGGACACGGUGACUGUGAGGGAGCCCCCCGCGCCCCCCGCGCCCCCCGCCAACAGGAUCGUCGGGGGACGACCCACCACCAUCGAGACAUACCCUUACAUGGCGUAUUUAGUCUCACAUUAUACGAAUUUCCGGAAAUUUCUGAGGGACCAAGCAGACCAUCUGGAGUCGCUUGACCCUGGCCAGCCUAAUGGACCCAGUGACGCCCAUAUGAACUCCGCGAGGAAGGCUUCAAGGAUCAGACAGAAAUGGUUAAAGAACUGUGGGGGCGUGAUACUCACACAGCACCACGUGCUCACCGCUGCGCACUGCUUAUUCCAAAAAAUCAAAGACACUACAGCUGUUACUGGCACUACCAUCUUGAGGGCAUAUAAAGUUGUCAUUCGCGUCGGAUCCACCUACAAUGACCGCGGAGGCUCAGAGUAUGCGACGUCAAAGACCGUGGUCCACGAGGACUACAAAUAUUCAAAGAGUAAAGACAACGACGUGGCAGUGUUGGUGCUGCCGACCAGUAUGAGCAACUACCGGAGCAGCUCGGUGCAGCCAGCCGCCAUCCCCCCGGGGGGGUAUGUGGUCCCGGACAACGCGUCUUUGGUAGCUGUCGGGUGGGGACGAACUGAUAUGAACUGCAGCAAGUCAAGCCCCCUCGGUCUCCGGCACGUGGGGCUGCGCAAGGUGGACCGAGACACCUGCGCCGCGCGGUUUGGGCAGGAGCUCCCAGAACUCACCGACUCCAUGCUCUGCGCGGGGCUGCUUGGUGUUGGAGGAGCCGGUAUCUGUAUGGGUGACUCCGGUGGUCCCCUGGUGUACAACGGGGUGGUGGUGGGGGUGACCUCGUUUCUUAAGACAUGCGACGAUUCCUUCUACCCUCAAGUAUUCAUGCGCAUCUCUAGCUACACCGACUGGAUCAACACCACUAUAAGUCAAAACCAGGUUGUGGUUGUCCACAAGAACAGUCACAACACCGCUGUGGCAGCUGACGCCACCAGGUUGAUGCUACUAGCUUUCGCAACGUCAAUUUGGAUAAUGUUUUCCAAAAUCUCAUAUUUUUUUUUAGUUAGUACCUAACCGAUCAUAGUUUUAGUGUCUAAAUUUAAUCAGUUUCAUUAACAUAUUUUGUAUUAAUGUAGGUAUUUUGAGAAAGUGGCUUUUUAGGUUCUUACAUAAGUUUUGCAUUUCCGUUUAUAAUGGUUUUUGUCUUAUUAUACAAAUAGGAUGUUGCCGGAGUGGUAUGUGUAGAUUAUGUAGUUACCUGAAGAGGGGUGACUCAGACUCAUUCCGUGUAGCUUUUUUUAGGUAGUUUAACAUAAUGAUGUUGAUGACUUCGAAAUUUUGUCUUUUAUUGAAAUUAAAUGUAUUUUUAACAACUUAUGAUUUUUUAUAUCUUU